GGAAAAAACAGAUUGCCUUCACAUCGACGGAGAGGAGGUUCACGUUGAUUCCGCCGAAUAAAAAUGGUGGGUUUGGGACAUGAGAGCAACCAGAAGAAAACAUCUGGGACUGGUGGUUCAGGUCAUGGCGUUGACCCUCACACCGCCGUGUUGCGCAUCAGUCAGCUGGAUGCCCUUGAGCUGGACUCGGCCCUGGAGCAGCUGCUGUGGACCCAGUUUUCUCAAUGCUUCCAGAACUGCUACCCGGGAAUUCUCACUCCCCUGGAGCCCGAACUGAGGGCUUUGCUGCAUCUCCUCGUGUGGAGGUUCACGCUGUAUUCCAGCAGCGCUACUGUAGGCCAGUCCUUGCUGAGCCUGCGCUACCACAGCAAGUCUUCCUUGUCCUCCAGGUACAGGCCUCUCUCCCCCAGGCAGAAGUUGGCUCUGGCCUUGCUCACUGCAGGUCCUGGCUGGCUCCAGGAGCGUUCGCACCGCCUGCUGCCUUACUUGGGCUUGGGUCCAAGAGGACCCGAGUCUGAUAGAGACUCUGGCUUCCUCCAGCAAAGUCUCCGAAAUGCACUGAUGCUUUUUUCUGCCAUUGCAAAGUUUGCAACCCUGAUUAAUUUUCUCAUUUUUCUGAGGAACGGCCGGCAUCCCGUCCUAGCGGAAAGAAUCACGGGAGCUCAAGCCGUCUUCAGCAAACCCAAUGCAGUCAGGGACAUAACUUACCAGAACGUGAAUCGGGAAAUGCUGUGGCACGGCUUUGCCGAUUUCCUCAUCUUCCUGAUACCGCUGAUCAACACGAGGAGACUGAAAGCAAACUUGUCUUCACUUUUGUUUGGGGGAGAAAGUUCUGAAGGAGAAGGAGUCGGAGAAGCACAAGAAGUGUGGAAAGAGUGUGGACUCUGUGGAGAGUGGCCGACCAUGCCUCACACGGUGGGAUGCCAGCACAUUUUCUGCUACUAUUGCAUUAAAAGCCACAGCAUCGCCGACCCUGACUUCACCUGUCCCAAAUGUGGUGCUGAUGCACGGCAGCCCGAGCUAGUCAAGACGGAGAUAAAGGUGGUUGGAAGGUGAUGGUCCAAGCCUACCAACUCUGAAAUUGCUAAAUGGAUAUAAAGAAACGUAUCAAUAUGUUUGUGGGUCAAAGACGUAUAAGGCCUUUGAGUAGCCCAUUUUUAAAAUACUUAAAAUAAAGAUAUUUUUGGCCAUUUCCCAAACAUUUGAAAUGUAGUGUACACAUACAUGUAUGUGAAAACUUCAAACAAAGGUAUUUUAGUGUUUUUAAACCUUUAAACCGUCAUUUGGGGCGACCAUUUAUCUCAAAAUUAAUAAUUUCCAUAAAAAAAAUAAUAUUUUAAUAAGUAUCAGUAAUUAAAUUAACUGUUCAAGAAAGAUAGACACAUUUUUCCUUUCAUUUUUUGAAAACAAUUUUUAAAUACAUUCUAUCCAUAAUGGCAGUGUCACCCUCUUACUUACUCUAAAAUUCAUAAAACUGAUUUAAAAUGUGUACAAGGUGUAUCCACUUAUGCAUGCUAUACCAAUAAUUUAUAUUUGAACCAAAACUGAUAGACAUUCAAUUUUGAAUUUGAUACAGAAUUGCCAUUUGUUGGUUACCCCACAUGAUGCUUUCAAGUUUAAUCAAAUAUAACAGGCUACCAGUUAGCUAUAUGAUCUAAGCUAGCUACUUCUCACCACAUAUCACUAACAAAUUUACCUUCAAAAUAUAGAUUUUCAAAUAAAACGAAUUAUUUACAGUUUUAGGGUGGUCACCCCACAUGAUAUCAAAAUGUGACGUAUACACUGCAGCAGUUAGAAAGAGGAUUUAUUUGUAAAGGAGAGAGAGACUACUGACCUGCAGGUUGUCUCUCUGGGACCCUCAUGGAGUAACUGGCUGAUGCAACAUCCUCUUUGAGAUGAUUGUCAAUAUAAAAGUCCCUCAAUUGUAUUUUUUUCAUGGUCACCCCAGAUGAUAAUUCAGACAAUGAACAUAUUCGGACAAGAUUCGUUUGUGUAUUAUGAUUGAAAUGUGUGUACAAAUGUUCCAUAACUUUGUCAAUAAAUCUAAAACAAGUUUGAAAGUAUGCCCAAUAGGGCAAGCAUUAUUUUUAAAUUGUUUUAAUGUGAUUUAAAACCAGUUGUCCAAACAGAAGUCAAGGCCGGACGGUCACCCCACAUGAUGUUUUCACACUUCAGAUGGCAGAAAAUGACCAAUAACCAACACGUUUAAAUAAAAUAAGAGUGGGCACAUGUAGAAGGAACGUAUUAGACAUACAUGUUAUAUUUUUUAUUCAUUUUUAUGUUUAUUAUUAGGUAAAAAGUUCCAUCGGACAGAAAAAGUAAGCGUCACGUCUUUGACCCUUGUAUGUAUAUCAAAGAUGUAGUUCCAGUAAAACUUCAAGAAGUGUGUUCAACAUCCCCUUUAGCUGCCUUUUUUCUUUCUUCUCUUUUUUUUUUUCCAAAACAUUUACCCAAAUAUGAAAAUAUGACUGGACUUUUCUUUAUUUUGUCCUCUCUGAGCAAACACCGCUCUGCUAUGUUUAAUGUGUGUGCAUGUAUUGAUGGUCCUCUGUGCCCUCCGUUUCUCCGGCCAGACUUUUGGGUCGAGCUAUUUGUCUUUGGUGCACUGGACAGAUUAGAGAGAAACACACAAAGCAUAUAUUUGAUGAGCGAGUGUUUUGAUUUAUGCUCCAAAUUGGCUCCGUGAUUGUGUGUGCGUGCGUGUGUGUGUGUUUGUUGAAAUGGGAAUAUUUGUUCUGAUGAAAAAUGCAGAAAGUCAGCUGAAUAAAUAAUGGGAGGAAUUUCUGAUGCCUCUCAUCAUGGCCAAAUUAGCAUUUGUUGUGUAUUUUGUGCCUAAAUUGUAUUUCAACAUCAUUAAAAUUGAUAGAGUGUUACCUCUUGGGUGUUUA